AAAAAAAACAACAACAGAAAGAAAACACAAUGAACAGAUCCCUCGCCCUCGUUGCCAAGAAGCCAGUUGCUGCUUUGAAUGUUGCUGUCCAAAAGAAUGGUAUGGCUCUCAUGACCAUGAAGUUCUCUUCACCACAACAACAAACUAGAUUUAUUCAAACUUUGAGAAAGAGAAAUAAUCCAGGUUUCUUGGAUACCGUUUCUGGAAUGUACGAAAGUGCUGAAUACAAACUCGAUUGUAAACCUUUCGAAUUCAGAGAAGGUGAACCAUUCUUCCUCUUCAACUACUUGGGUGUUGUCAUUGUCGCCUGCACCAUUGCUUUCGCCUUCUUUAUGUGUUUCUCCUCAUUGGCUCGUUAUACUUUAAUCGAUACUCAAGUCACUUUAUCUAGAAGAAACCCACAUCCAUUCUUGAAUAUCAAGACUGGUACUGAUAUGAUGGCUACUAUUAAUCCAAUUUAUAGAUUCUGUCAACCAUUUUCACAUACUAUUGAUUUGAAGCAAAUGUUUUAUAAUGAAUUGAACAGAGCUAGAAAUCAUAGUUUGUAAAUUUUUGUAUACAUAUUGGAUUCUAUAUUGAAUAUUCAAAAGUAGUAUUGUUUUUUUGGAAAGAGGAGAAACGAUAUUUGCUUGUUGAAUGUAACGAGAUGAUAUUUACGUACAAUUAUAAUCACUUCUAAAGAAAUAAAAAGUAAAAAAGCCUUUAAUAAUAAAUAGGGUAAUAUUUAGGUAAACAAAA